AUGGACUUCAGUAGCUCUGCCUUUCCCAGAGCCCUGGAGCUACUCAAAGUGUGGGCCUGGGCAGCAGUGCCGGGCUUCCCUGGAAUGUCUGGGCUACACAGGAAAAUUCGGUCUCAAGAAAACAGAAACGGGCAGGUGUGGUGGCACACUCCUGUAAUCCCCGCACUUAGGAGGCUGAGGCAGGAGGAAACAAAAGUUGACCCCAGUGGACAGACUAGAAACCGCUUCCUGGCCUCUCUUUCCUUAAUCCCUCUGGUCAGCAACUGGAUGAACCUUCGGGACGCUGAGACAGGGAAGAUUCUCUGGCAAGGAACGGAAGACCUGUCCGUCCCUGGUGUGGAGCAUGAAGCCCGCGUUCCCAAGAAAAUCCUCAAGUGCAAAGCGGUGUCUCGAGAGCUGAACUUCUCCUCGGCGGAGCAAAUGGAAAAGUUCCGCCUGGAGCAAAAGGUUUACUUCAAAGGCCAGUGCCUAGAAGAGUGGUUCUUCGAGUUUGGCUUUGUGAUCCCCAACUCCACAAACACCUGGCAGUCCUUGAUAGAGGCUGCCCCCGAGUCGCAGAUGAUGCCCGCCAGCGUCCUCACCGGGAACGUCAUCAUAGAAACAAAGUUUUUUGACGACGACCUUCUCGUAAGCACAUCCAGAGUGAGACUUUUCUACAUUUGAGUGAAGAAUUUGUGUGCACUU